UUGCAUUAAAUUAAAAUUUGCGAAGACCGUUUGCAAAAUGUGUUAAAUUCAGCACAAAACUUUUUACUUAUAAUCGUGUACUUUGUAAUUAAAAUCUCGAUAUGUAAAAGAGAUGUAAAUCUUGUCUGCUCAAAAUUGAAAGCGUUUCGCGCUAGAUAAUCCACGCUUACAUGUGUGCAUACACAUUUAGGGUACGUUCGGCAAAGCAAAUCUGAGGCGUCUGGAGGCUCUGUUGACACAUUCUGUCUUUGUUAUUUACUGAAAUUGAACAAAGAUAGAAUGAAGUAAGAGAGCACUCCAACGUCUCAGAUUUGCUUUGCCGAACGCAGUAUUACUGUUUCGCUUACUGUUCUGGAUGUGUUUGUAAUACAGAGAACGGAAUUUUAAUAAGAAUUCUAUAGUUUUCCGAUAUAUGUGAUGUGAUAGAAAUUUCACUAUUUUCUAUGCAAAUAAUAUUGGAAAAAUUGUGAAGAGAAACGUGUUUCCUUUCUACAUGUAAAAACUGUUAUUCGUAUUUGUAAUUGUCAUCUAAAUGGCUUCUCCGCGAAGAUUAGUGUCCACACUGAAACAUCUGUCACCACGACCACUACAAAGUGCUAUAGCAAGUAUCAGAGCACUUCCAAGUCCAAAAACUCCAGGUAGUCCAAAAACUCAGAGGAAAAGGGCGCAGGAUGAAUGGUUGUCACCGUUCAAUAUCGAUACUCCUAAUAGAGUCAAACUGCUCAAAGACGGUCUACCAAAAAAAUGUCGUUCUGUACUUGGGACGGGUGCUUUCGGUACCGUUUAUAAGGUACUCUACAAAGGAGACCAAGUAGCAGCCAAGAUAAUUCCACGGAAACAAAACGAUGAUGAAGUAAUAAACUCUGAGAGACAUGCAACUGUUCUGCGACAUGCCAACAUCGUAAAAAUAUUGAGCGUAGAACAGGGCAGUAGCUUGUCGCUGAUAACAAUGGAAUUGUGCGGCACGUCGUUGCAGGACAGGCUACAGGAAUCGACGCUGCUGAAAAAAGAGCGUGUUUCUAUUUGGCGAGACAUUGCUAACGCCCUCCAAUUUUGCCAUAACUAUGAUAUAAUACAUGCUGAUGUCAAAGCGACCAAUAUCUUAAUGGCAGCUAACGGCCAAGCUAAGCUCACCGACUUUGGUAGUUCUAUAUUGAUUGACGAGUUGCACAUUUCGAGGAAGCCACGAGGUACACCAGGUUACGUGGCACCGGAAGUGCUUCGAGGUGACAUACCUACGUUCGCCAGUGAUAUCUAUUCACUUGGAAUUGUAGCGUGGCAAAUGUUAUCUCGAGAAAUACCUUACCAUGGAUUACACGUCCAUACUAUCAUAUAUAUUUCUGUAAAAGGAACACGUCCCAAAGACGAAGCUCUUGAUGACGAGUUUACUGGAAGAUAUAAAGAACUAUACAGAGCAGCAUGGUCACAGAAUGUUACAGAUAGACCUUCACUCGAUAAAAUAAUCAAUAGACUUGAUCUUUUAUAACCUUGGUAUUUAACAUUUAUUCAAUCAAAAUUGAACUUAAACUUAUAAAGAAAUCUUACUUGCGAUAAGUUAAGUUUAAUGCUUAAUCACAUUUUAUUGGUAUAGAAAUAAUUCAAUGCAUUUGAGAUGAUUCAGGAAUCAGUUUUACGUAUCCGGCAUUUCGCCACCAGGCACCAACUGUAAUAGAAUAAAUAAAUUGUGAAAAUUUAUGUCUCGUUCCAUAUUGAUUAUGUUAGAAAUUUACGAAGCGUUGAAUUCAGAAUUAGAAUGGAGGAUUUAAAAAAUCCUGAAGUAAAUUAUCAAUAUUUUUCAUUGUAAUCUUUUUAUGUUUGCGUAGGACUUAUAUGUCCCAAUUCUUCAAAAAUUUAUAUCUUCUGCAAAAAUAAAAAAGAUAAUUUUUCAUUUAAAAAAUAAAGAAUAAGACUCUUCCUUAAAAAAUCAACAUCUUUAUGAGUUUUGCCUCUUGAUUUGCAUGUCAUCAAAUACUUAUAAAAUAGAGUAAAAGUGAUCUUUCACAAUGGAAUAAAAUAUAUCUUUCACC